GGCUCUGGCAGAGGAGGAGGAGCUGAAGGCCUCGGCCGCGGCUCCCGCCUGCACAGAGAACCAGUCCUGCGAAGCCUCCUCCCACUCCCAGGCGGGCGGUGGCGGCGGCGGGAGGAGGAGAAGGAGGAGGGAGCGUCUCUGCCGCCGCCUCCUCGUCCCCAGCGCCGAUCUGCCGCCGCCACCUCCCUCAGCGGCGUUCCUCCCUCCAGGGUCUUGCAGCGGCCCCCCCUGUAGCCCGAGCUGCCCGGCGCCGCGCCAGAGCCAGCCUUGCAGAGGGAGCGGUCGUGGCCUCGCGGCCCCCUUGGGCUGACGUGCGGAGAGCGCGGCGACGCGCGCGGUCCCAGGGGAACCGCACGCCGGGCAGCUCGGCCCGAGUAGCUCGAGGAGCGGGCGGGCCGGCGGCGCCGGCCCGGGCCGCCCUCACUCCUGUGCCCCGGCCCCGCCGCCUGCGCCGGGGCGGCCGCCCUCAGAGGAAGGCGCCGCAGUUUCUGGGCCUUGCAGCCCCACUCGAGCGUCCUCAGCACCGAGGGCUCGCAGGUCCUGAGGGGAGAAGGCAAGCAAGGGAGCGGGCACCGAGCUCUUUAGCGCCCCCACCCCCGUUUUCAGAGUCCUCCACGCUGCGGCCGCUGUCCCCUCUGGACCAUGGCCGACGACGACGUGCUGUUCGAGGAUGUGUACGAGCUGUGCGAGGUGAUCGGCAAGGGUCCCUUCAGUGUUGUACGACGAUGUAUCAACAGAGAAACUGGGCAACAAUUUGCUGUAAAAAUUGUUGAUGUAGCCAAGUUCACAUCAAGUCCAGGGUUAAGUACAGAAGGUAAGAGAUGGAUUUCAAAUCUAAAGCGGGAAGCCAGUAUCUGUCAUAUGCUGAAACAUCCCCACAUUGUAGAGUUAUUGGAAACAUAUAGCUCAGAUGGAAUGCUUUACAUGGUUUUUGAAUUUAUGGAUGGAGCAGAUCUAUGUUUUGAAAUCGUAAAAAGAGCUGAUGCUGGUUUUGUAUACAGUGAAGCUGUAGCCAGUCAUUAUAUGAGACAGAUACUGGAAGCUCUACGCUAUUGUCAUGAUAAUAACAUAAUUCACAGGGAUGUGAAGCCCCACUGUGUUCUCCUCGCCUCAAAGGAAAACUCGGCACCUGUUAAACUCGGGGGCUUUGGGGUAGCUAUUCAAUUAGGGGAGUCUGGACUUGUAGCUGGAGGACGUGUUGGAACACCUCAUUUUAUGGCCCCAGAAGUUGUCAAAAGAGAGCCUUAUGGAAAACCCGUAGAUGUCUGGGGUUGUGGUGUGAUCCUUUUUAUCCUGCUAAGUGGUUGUUUGCCUUUUUAUGGAACCAAGGAACGAUUGUUUGAAGGCAUUAUUAAAGGAAAAUAUAAGAUGAAUCCAAGGCAGUGGAGCCAUAUCUCUGAAAGUGCCAAAGACCUAGUGCGUCGCAUGCUGAUGCUGGAUCCAGCUGAAAGGAUCACUGUCUAUGAAGCACUGAAUCACCCCUGGCUUAAGGAAAGAGAUCGUUAUGCUUACAAGAUUCAUCUUCCAGAAACAGUAGAGCAGCUGAGGAAAUUCAAUGCAAGGAGGAAACUAAAGGGUGCAGUACUAGCAGCUGUGUCAAGUCACAAAUUCAACUCAUUCUACGGGGAUCCUCCUGAAGAGUUGCCAGAUUUCUCCGAAGACCCUACCUCCUCAGGAGCAGUCUCACAGGUGCUGGACAGCCUGGAAGAAAUUCACGCACUUACAGACUGCAGUGAAAAGGACUUAGAUUUUCUACACAGUGUUUUCCAGGAUCAGCAUCUUCACACACUACUAGAUCUGUAUGACAAAAUCAACACAAAGUCCUCACCACAAAUCAGGAAUCCUCCAAGUGAUGCAGUACAGAGAGCCAAAGAGGUAUUGGAAGAAAUUUCAUGUUACCCUGAGAAUAAUGAUGCAAAGGAACUAAAGCGUAUUUUAACACAACCUCAUUUCAUGGCCUUACUUCAGACUCACGAUGUAGUGGCACAUGAAGUUUACAGUGAUGAAGCAUUGAGGGUCACACCUCCUCCCACUUCUCCCUAUUUAAAUGGUGAUUCUCCAGAGAGCGCUAAUGGAGACAUGGAUAUGGAGAAUGUGACCAGAGUCCGGCUGGUUCAGUUCCAAAAGAACACAGAUGAACCAAUGGGAAUCACUUUAAAAAUGAAUGAGCUAAAUCAUUGUAUUGUUGCAAGAAUUAUGCAUGGGGGCAUGAUUCACAGGCAAGGUACACUUCAUGUCGGUGAUGAAAUUCGAGAGAUCAAUGGCAUCAGUGUGGCUAACCAAACAGUAGAACAGCUGCAAAAAAUGCUUCGAGAAAUGCGGGGGAGCAUCACCUUCAAGAUCGUGCCAAGUUACCGCACUCAGUCAUCAUCCUGUGAGAGAGAUUCCCCCUCCACUUCCAGACAGUCCCCAGCUAAUGGUCAUAGCAGCACUAACAAUUCUGUUUCGGACUUGCCAUCAACUACCCAACCAAAAGGACGACAGAUCUAUGUAAGAGCACAAUUUGAAUAUGAUCCAGCCAAGGACGAUCUCAUCCCCUGCAAAGAAGCUGGCAUUCGAUUCAGAGUUGGUGACAUUAUCCAGAUUAUUAGUAAGGAUGAUCACAAUUGGUGGCAGGGUAAACUGGAAAACUCCAAAAAUGGAACUGCUGGUCUCAUUCCUUCUCCUGAACUUCAGGAAUGGCGAGUAGCUUGCAUCGCCAUGGAGAAGACCAAACAGGAGCAGCAAGCCAGCUGUACUUGGUUUGGCAAGAAAAAGAAGCAGUACAAAGACAAAUAUUUGGCAAAGCACAAUGCAGUGUUUGAUCAAUUAGAUCUUGUUACAUAUGAAGAAGUAGUAAAACUGCCAGCGUUUAAAAGGAAAACACUAGUCUUAUUAGGUGCACAUGGUGUUGGGAGAAGACACAUAAAAAACACCCUCAUCACAAAGCACCCAGAUCGGUUUGCAUACCCUAUUCCACAUACAACCAGACCUCCAAAGAAAGACGAAGAAAACGGAAAGAAUUAUUACUUUGUAUCUCAUGACCAAAUGAUGCAAGACAUCUCUAAUAAUGAGUACUUGGAGUAUGGCAGCCACGAGGAUGCAAUGUAUGGGACAAAACUGGAGACCAUCCGGAAGAUCCACGAGCAGGGGCUCAUUGCAAUACUGGACGUGGAGCCUCAGGCACUGAAGGUCCUGAGAACUGCCGAAUUUGCUCCCUUUGUUGUUUUUAUUGCCGCUCCAACUAUUACUCCAGGUUUGAAUGAGGAUGAAUCUCUUCAGCGCCUGCAGAAGGAGUCUGAUAUCCUACAGAGAACAUAUGCACACUACUUCGAUCUCACAAUUAUCAACAAUGAAAUUGAUGAGACAAUCAGACAUCUGGAGGAAGCUGUCGAGCUCGUGUGCACAGCCCCUCAGUGGGUCCCAGUCUCCUGGGUCUAUUAGGCCCGUCCCCAGAUAUCUGACACAUAACUGGGAGCCACCUCAUACAUGGAAACGCCUCUUUGUUAUCGGCCUUGUAUCAGCAGGUCGUGGUCCCUAGAGACUACCUAGUUGUAGUGUGACCUACAUUUAUAAUUAUUGUCAUGUCCGAAUAGGUAAGAGGAGAAAAACAAUUACACACUAAUUUAAAGAGACAGUAUCUUUUUUAAUCAGUUCUCCUAAACUUUAAUAAAAUGUAUCUUUAAAUGUAUGUAUUAUUCAAUCCUUUGGAAUGUUAUAUUUUUGGAAAUCAUAGCCUUUUUAUUUCCAAGGCCCCUAAAAACUGCACAAAAUAGAUGCUGCUUUCUAUAAUCUAUUUUAAUAAUAAUAAACAAUGAUUCUGUUACCUUGACUGGGGGUGGAACACUACAUUCUUUUUAGAGUCUGACUUUAUGGAUUGGAAUAUCUUUCUUUCCUUUAUUUAUUUGAAAUAAUCAGUCUAGUGAUUACAAAACAGUCAUAAAUUUUUAAAGGCCUUUUUUCUCUUUCUUUUUUUUAGAAUAGUAUUUUUUUUAAGUCCUUUAUGUAACAUCCAGAUAAUGUGAUACUGUCUCUUUGAAGCACCCUGUAAACCUUUUAGAGAUUUGAAGUUGGGUCUUGACUCUUAAUGCAUGUGGACAGUCGCGAGCGUUUAUGCUGUUGGUGUGUCUGUGUUGGACAAAACGAUCUGUAAUCUACAGCCAAGUACAUUCCGUUCACGGGGCACACCCAGGGGAAUAAGAAUAAAAUGCUAUUAUGACUAAGUUGUAAAACCUAUGCACAUCCCUUGCAUUUUGGGCAACUUUAUAAAAAGACAAAACUGAUUUUUAUUAAUAAUAAUCAUAUAGUGAAAUGUGUUUGUAAUUUUGUCUCAAUUUAAUUUGUUGUAAGGUGGGAGGGGGAAUUGCUGGUUUCACCAUUUCAAAUCUGUGUUGUCUGAGAGUAUUAAUGUUUUAAUUAAGCAAAGAAAUGAGGAUUUUUAAUAUGUAUGUAAUUGUUUUAAAGCACCCAUUUUAAGAGAAUAUACUGUGCAAUGAAGAAACCAGUUUAGGCAUUUGCUAUAAACUGAAUUAUUCCAAAAGAAUAAUCUAUAACAGCCCUGUAAAUUCCUUUAAAAUGAUAACUAACAGGACAGUUUGACCAAUUUUUUUAAAUAUACUUCCUUUUAUGUGUUCAAUAAUUAAAUGCCUUUGGGUCCUUCAUUUCAUUAUAGAUUUGUUCAGAUAUACAAGCUGAUAAUCUUUGAGAUUUUAUUAUUCAUUAGAUGCUCAUUGAACCAUCAAAGGCCCAGGAGUGACUACCAGUUGGCAGGACAACAAAAUACUCCGCCAGAGCACAACUCAAACCAUGCCUGGCUCCCAGAGCACACGCAGUGCACCCAAGGGCCACCAAUGUACGAGAGGCCAUCUGUGGUUUUUCCUUCCUCUUGCUAUAUCCCUUGGCACAGGAGAAUCAUCUUUCCUUGUUGCUUUACAAGCAUUAACCAUCUCAUCACCCUUACAUGAGGCCACAUCCUUCCAGUAUAGUGGAUUCAGGCUGCGAGUUUUCCGACUCUUGCCGGAGGUCAGUGGAAGGUUUUCCACUAAAGUGUCAGGGUGUGUGAAGUGGUUCUAUUAACCUGUGAUUCUUGAAAAAAAUACCAUCAUGUUUGCUUCUUGUCAGUUAGAUGGCCUCAUUGCUUUGUGCCUUGGCAAGAUUUGCGGGGUAUGUUCUGAGCUGAAAAGCCCCUCUUAAAGGACCACACAGAAAAGACAUUUGCAUAUUCCUUUUACAGUGUCAUCACUCCCCACCUACUCUUAUUAAAUGAUGCUGAUUUUUUUUC